UUAUUUGAAAAAAAUGGAGAUCUAAAACAUAAUAGUCAAUCUACGAAAAUCAAGUGAUUGUUCAAAAUGAGCAUUAUGAUGUAUGUGCUGAGAUCAAUGAAAAAUUCACCAUUUUCUCCGACUUAUUCAGCAUGGGAAAGAAGUGUAAACAAAUUUUCGUCUACAAAAGAUUCAGUUUCUCCUAAUUCCAAAAAUGCGACUUCAUCAAGAAUGGAAGAAUUUAGAAAGAAACUUCAACAAAAAACUCCAAUUGGAAAAUUAGAUGAACAAAUUGGAAAACAUCCUAAUGAAGAAGAAGAACCAUUACCACCUUGGCCUGAUAAUACCAAUCCACACACAGGAGAGAUUGGUGGCCCUAGAGGCCCCGAACCAACUAGAUAUGGAGACUGGGAGAGAAAAGGAAGAGUGUCAGAUUUUUAGUUCAAUAUUGAAGUGAUCCAGUUUCUUUUAUAAAGUUGAUAUUUAUUAUACAAGAUUAUUAAACAUGGUUUUAUUUAUUUAGAAUUAUUAAAAAAAAUAGUAAUAGUGUUGACUCAAGUUAUUCCAAGUAAUCAUUAUGAAGAACUUCAAAAUUAAAGUUUUGAUCAUCCAUUAAUCACACAAAUCAUAAUUAUACAGUUAAAUAAGAUAUUUAAUCAAAAUUUUGGUGUAGUUUUAUGUAUUAUUAAAUAUAUCUCAAAUAAGUAAUUAUAUGAAAAUAUAAA